AGUUGUAACCUACUCACUUACCCUUCUCUCUCUCUCUCUCUCUCUCUCUCUCUCUGUCUGUAUGUCUGUUGCGCUCUGAGCAGAGAGCAAGACACAACAGUCAAUCAAAAACCGAGAACCCCACAAACUCACAGUCUCAGUUGGGUCCAAACACACUCCAAAUUUCAAAACUUUCUCUUUCUAUCUUUCUAUGUGUUAAUACGUGUGUCUGUCUCUCUCUAACCCCGACCCAACCCGACCCAUCUUUCUCUAUCUAAAAAAGAAAGAAAGUGAGAAGGGGGAUGAUGAGUGAGUAUGAACAAAAGAAAAGAUGGGGUUGAUGAAUCAUCUGUGAUACUACUCAACAAAGAAAGAAAAUAGAAAAUAGAAAAAAUAGAAAAAAAAAAAGAAAAAGGAAAUCCGAAACCCUCAGAGAGGCUUCCCCACCUAAUGGAACUAUCAGAUUUGCAAAACAACAAGCAGAGCAGCAACACAGGCACUAGUCAUCAACAUCCCCACCAUCACCACCAUCAACACCAACACCAACAACAACAAUCUUCUUCUUCUUCUUCGCAACAACAACAACAACAACAACAACUUGUGGUCCCUUUUGAUGGCAGGCCAUCACCCUUCAUUAUGGGCUCCAUCUCAAUCCAAGCUGGCCUCACCACAUCAUCUUCUUCCUCUUCCUCUUCUUCUUCUUCUUCCAAUUCUUCCUCAUCGUCCUCUUCUUCUGCUUCUGCUUCUGCCUCCGCCGCCCCCACCACAACCACCACCCCUCCUCACCUCAUCGACGCCUCCCUAGCCAUCGCCACCAGAUCUGACCCCUCUCGCUCCCCACCCCUCCUCGAUUCCGCCAAGAAAACUACCCAAAUUCAACAACAACUAUCCUCCUCCUCCUCCGCCGCCGCCGCCACCGCCCUCGCCGUCGUGAACCCGUCGAAGCGAUCCACCAAGGACAGGCACACCAAGGUCGACGGUCGCGGUCGUAGAAUUCGAAUGCCGGCGACGUGUGCGGCUAGGGUUUUCCAAUUGACGAGAGAAUUGGGGCACAAGUCGGACGGAGAGACAAUCGAAUGGCUGCUUCAGCAGGCGGAGCCGGCGAUCAUCGCGGCCACCGGAACGGGAACAAUCCCGGCGAAUUUCUCUACCCUGAACGUGUCCCUUCGGAGUAGCGGGUCGACGCUUUCGGCUCCGCCGUCAAAGUCGGCACCUCACACGUUUCAUGGGGCGUUAGCACUGUCUCACCACCCUUACGAGGAAGCGUUCCAGCACACAGCUUUGCUAGGGUUUCAUCCACACCACUCUCAGCAGCAACAUCAACAUCAUCAACAACAACAACAAAUCAUGACCGCUGAUCAAAUAGCAGAAGCACUUCCUAAUAGUGGUGGUGGUGACUCGAGCGAGAACUAUAUGAGAAAACGCUUCAGAGAAGAUCUGUUCAAAGAGGAUAACAACCAACAAUCACAAAAUGAAAGCGGUGAUGGGUCUUCUCCUUCACCCAAGGCAUUCAUGCCAAAGCAGCAGCAGCAGCAGCAGCAACAACAAGAAGAAGGUUCAUCUGGUUCAGGGCUUCUUCGGCCUUCAAAUUUGUUACCAGCAACUGCCAUGUGGGCUGUGACACCCGCACCGGCAACUGCUGCUGGAAGCACAAUUUGGAUGCUUCCGGUGAGUGCUGGUGCCCCUUCUGCUGCCUCUGCAGCUUCCGAGACUCACAUGUGGCCUUUUUCUUCACCAACUCAAACUGCUGCUGCUGCUGCAAAUACUCCGCUACAUUUCAUGCCAAGAUUCAACCUUCAAGGUGGUCUUGAAUUCCAAGGUGGACGUGGGCAUGGACCUGGGGGUACUCUACAAUUGGGUUCCAUGUUAAUGCCGCAGCAACCAUCUCAGCAUCUGGGUCUGGGCAUGUCUGACACCAACUUGGGUAUGUUGGCAGCUCUCAAUGCUUACACUAGAGCUGGUUUCAAUAUGAAUUCUGAUCACCAAACUCAUACCUUGGAGCAUCAUCAUCAACACCAACACCAACCUCAACCUACUGAGAGUGGAGAAGAUGGUGCUAAUAGCUCCCAAUGACUCACCCAAACCUGAACUUAUUGAUUGGAAGUUGAAUUUGUUAUAAUUGAGUGCUUUGAAAAAUCCAUGGGUGCUCAUCACACUCAUCCGAGAUGAGUUUCUUAGAUGUUGCUGUAGUGAUGCUUUUAUUUAAUUUUUUUUUUUUUAAUUGUCCUUCUCUUUUGAGGGAGUUUAUUUCUUUAGCUUGAUUUGGAGGUCCUUGGUAUGUGAUUUUCAGUUUGAUUUUGGUCCAAAGGGACUUAGCAGACAGAGAGAGUUUGUAUAGGAGGAAACUUGGUCUUUGGUAUUGUUAAUUUACUUAUUUUAUUUUUUUUCCUCUAUGUAUGACAAUAUGAAAAACAAUUAAAACUCAAAAGGAUUUA